GGGGUGGUCCGCCAAAUCUGGUAAGGUUUUGCUUUGAUGUAUUGGCUGGUGAGGAUGCUCUCAGUUUGAUGAACAAGGCGGUGGGAAGUAUGAGUAGGUGGUGUGCAUGGGACUUUUUUUCCUUUUUUUUUUUUUUUUUUUUUUUUUUCAAUUUUAAGAUUUUAUUUUAUUAGUCUUUAAUAUUUAUUUUUAAAAUCAAUGGAAUUUUAAUAAUUUGUUGACCAAAUUAUCCCUCCACAACUAAGAAAAAUUUAUAAAAAAAAAUUAAAAAUUAAAAAUUGUCUUUAAAUUACUUCAAAUUAAAAACAGAAGGACAAACUUAACCAUAUUGAAACAAUAGCUAAAAGUGACAAACUACAUGACGAAAAUAACUUUUUACCAAAACAACGAAACAACACUCACUCGACUUGCUGGGUUUUUGGCAGUGUCAGAGGUUGAGAAGCACCCCUCUUUCUUCCGUUCCCGCUCUCAUUCCAGCUUCGAGGAUGCAGAAGAAGGCUUCAAGGCGGCGAAGGACUACUUGUCGUCCUAAUAAACGCAAGCUCUUACACCUGCCACGUCAAAUUCAGAAGAGAAGGAAAUUUCUUGAAGAAGGGUUGACUCCCCUUGUUGAGAAGUAUUGGUUUCAGAGAUAUGAUCUGUUUUCGAGAUACGAUGAGGGGAUCAAAAUGGAUGAACAGGGGUGGUACUCUGUCACACCUGAAAAGAUUGCAAUCACCCACGCCAAGAGGUGUGAAAAUGCAACUGUCAUCGAUUGCUUUGCAGGCGUUGGCGGGAAUGCCAUUCAGUUUGCUUCAAUGUGUUACCAUGUUGUUGCUAUUGAAAUUGAUCCCCUUAAAGUUGAUAUGGCCAUUAACAAUGCUAAAAUAUAUGGAGUGGAAGAUUACAUUGAUUUCAUUGUUGGAGACUUUUUCCAACUUGCACCAUCAUUGAAGGGGGACGUAGUGUUUCUUUCACCACCUUGGGGAGGCCCAUCAUACAAAUGGGUGAAGAAAUUUACACUUGACUUACUCAAGCCAAAAGAUGGGUAUGCAAUAUUUCAAGCUGCUCAAGCGAUAACGCCCAACAUCAUUAUGUUCUUACCUCGGAAUGUAGACUUGCUCCAAGUGGAAGAACUUUGUUGGUUGUCUUCUCCGCCUCUACAAGUUGAGAUUGAAGAAAAUUAUGUGAGGAGCAAUUUAAAGGGUGUAACUGUCUACUUUGGUGGCACCGCAGCAUCAAGUCAAUGUGGGUCAUCAUAAUCUUUCUAAGCUAUGAGUUGACCCAAGUGUAGUGUAUAUCAAGGACGUUAAUCACUUGCUGAAUUAUUUGUAGCAUAAUUUUAAAUGUCAAAGAAAAGCUUUGAGGGUUGUUUAGUUGAAUACGGCCAACAUAUGGAGAGGUUCAGUUGGCAAUCAUACUUCUUGAAGAUGGUUAGUUGUUGUUGUUGUUGUUGUUGUUUUUUUUUUUUUUUUUUUUUUUUUUUUGGUGUUGCUACAUUAGAGGGGAUCAAAUCUUUGACCGAUCUAGAUCCUAACUCAUUUUCUCGGCCUCCAGUACUGCUUUGGUUAAACCGAGGGCUUGUGCGGUUGUCAUUUUCCUGAAAAAAUGACAUGCUCCGUGGAUGAUAGCCAACUUACUAAGAAACGUUUCCAAAAACAAAUUCUCUCUUUAGAACCAAAAAUUGAACAUAUCUCAAUGUUGGAAGAGGGCCAAGUUAGAGUUCUUCCUUUAUUAAGAAAAAAAAAAAUUUCAAACAUAUCUCAAUAUGUUGGAGGAACACAACGAAAUCUGCACUCUACAUUCAGCUCUAAUCAAAUAAAUUGGCUUUUCUCAGCCUUCUCUAUUUAUUUUGGGGGGCGAUAUUCUAAACCGGGAGUUUGAACUCAAGUGCAAGA